GCGCUCUCCCCGAGAGCAGGCAUGAGCACAGAAUGAGAGUGCAGAGCCCAGUGCUGGGCAGGGGGCAGGUGCUGGUGCACGCUUCUCCCUCUACUCCCUGCUGCCAGCCCUGCCCCAUGGCCCCCACGCCUUGGCUCCCCUUUCUGAGCCUGGACCCCACAGAAAGUCUCCCUGCUCCAGGCAGGGGCUGGACGCUCUCAGGGUCUCCCGGAGGAUGUGGGGAAGGGAGUGGGGUGCAGAGUCAGCAGUUGGGGGAUUGGGGCCACGCUAGCCCGAUUAGAAGGGCUGGGGCUGAGCUCCAUUCACCUGUCCUUGUCUCUGAUUGGCUCCUGGGUACCCCCAGCACCCAAAUCCACUAAGCAGCCCCGCCAGGGCCUGCACAGCUCUGGGGAGCCAGUCGACUGCGGGCACAGUCCCGGGGCCAGAGGGUGUCCGGGAGGCCGGAGGCUGGCCUGAGCCUGGCUCUGGAGAGCCGUCCAUCCGGAAGAGCCCACGGACGGCUUCCCCCCGGCUGCGGGCCAUGGGGGCUGGGGCCAGCGCCGAGGAGAAGCACUCCCGGGAGCUAGAGAAGAAGCUGAAGGAAGACGCCGAGAAGGACGCCCGGACCGUGAAGCUGCUGCUUCUGGGGGCUGGCGAGUCUGGGAAGAGCACGAUUGUCAAGCAGAUGAAGAUCAUCCACCAGGACGGGUACUCGCUGGAAGAGUGCCUGGAGUUCAUCGCCAUCAUCUACGGCAACACGCUGCAGUCCAUCCUGGCCAUCGUGCGCGCCAUGACCACGCUCAACAUCCAGUACGGAGACUCCGCGCGCCAGGAUGACGCCCGGAAGCUGGUGCACAUGGCGGACACCAUCGAGGAGGGCACGAUGCCCAAGGAGAUGUCGGACAUCAUCCAGCGGCUGUGGCAGGACGCGGGCAUCCAGGCCUGCUUCGAGCGCGCCUCGGAGUACCAGCUCAACGACUCGGCGGGCUACUACCUCUCCGACCUGGAGCGCCUGGUGACCCCGGGCUACGUGCCCACCGAACAGGACGUGCUGCGCUCGCGUGUCAAGACCACCGGCAUCAUCGAGACCCAGUUCUCCUUCAAGGACCUCAACUUCCGGAUGUUCGACGUGGGCGGGCAGCGCUCGGAGCGCAAGAAGUGGAUCCACUGCUUCGAGGGCGUGACGUGCAUCAUCUUCAUCGCGGCGCUGAGCGCCUACGACAUGGUGCUGGUGGAGGACGACGAGGUGAACCGCAUGCACGAGAGCCUGCACCUGUUCAACAGCAUCUGCAACCACCGCUACUUCGCCACCACGUCCAUCGUGCUCUUCCUCAACAAGAAGGACGUGUUUUCCGAGAAGAUAAAAAAGGCGCAUCUUAGCAUCUGCUUCCCCGACUACGACGGGCCCAACACGUACGAGGACGCGGGCAACUACAUCAAAGUGCAGUUCCUGGAGCUCAACAUGCGACGCGACGUGAAGGAGAUCUACUCCCACAUGACGUGCGCCACCGACACGCAGAACGUCAAGUUCGUCUUCGACGCGGUCACCGACAUCAUCAUCAAGGAGAACCUCAAAGACUGCGGCCUCUUCUGAGGUGCGCUCCCCCCUGUCCCCUGUCGGGCCCCCUGACCUCUACGCCCAGCCCAUCCCCACUCCCAGCCACCUCACUCCAGCCCCACUCCACCGCCGGACCCCCAGCUCCCCUCCCCCUCUGCUUCCAGGCUCCACCCCCUGCCGCAGGCCCCGCCCCUGGCCCACAAGUCCCACCCACUUCAUCUCUUGGGACCCGGCCCCAGUGCCCCAGGUGUCCUUGCUUCCAAACCCACCUGCACGGUGUCUCGGCCACAGCCCAAUUAUGUGGGGGCUGGGGUGCUGACCAGGUCCCUGAACCCAUGCAUGUGCCGAGACCCUGUCGCCCAGCCACCCCGGCCCCAGCCUGUGGCCCCACCAGCCUCAUACCCCAAACCCUGCGUCCCACUAGCUUGCAGUUCCUGUCCUUCCCCUGAGGCUCCCGGGCCUCCCAGAGCCAGGUGCCCCCAAGACCAGCUCUGCCCUUCACGGCCUGGCGGCACUGGCCGCCGGACCCACCGCAGCCAGCCCCAGCUAGGAGCCAGCAGGACUUGGGGCAGCUGGAGCACAGUGACUCAGCAGUGGCCGGCUGACCAAUCUCCUGCCGCCCUCCCGCCCCAGGGGGCCCGUGACUCACCCGGUGGGUCUGGGCUCCGCAAACAGCCCUCCCUCGCAGAGUUCCAGGCACUGCAGGGGGCAGGCGGGAUCCCUCCUCCCAGCAGCCUGCUGAUCACCAGCCCGGCCCAGCCUGCCACCUCCAUGUGACAAGUCUGACACCUGUCCGCCCAGCGGCCAGUGACUGUCCCUCCCAGGCGCUUCAGGGGUCCAAAGUCGAAGCCAGCCCUGGCCCGGGCGGCUCCUGCACAUGAAUUAGUGACUGGGGUCAGGCCUGGAACCCCUGGGUGCCAGGGAGAGACUCAUGCUAGACCCUUCCCCACAUGCCAGGCUCAGAGGAGCCCCUAGCCCCUUCCCCCACAGCUCUGCACCCUCUGUCCUUGGACACCAGAUCCCUGCCCCACUCACCCACCCACCCACAGUGCUCCCGGCCAGCCGGUCAAGGGGAUGGUCUGUGAGGGAGGGUGCUGUUGACACCCACGGUGGCCAAUGGCCGAACUGUCCUGAGGGGUGGCUGGGGCAGAGUCCAGCUCCAUCGAUCAGCCCCGGCAGAGAAGUUGGAACAGGAUGGAGGCCCCGAGGGUCCAUCAGGUGGGGUCACAAGCAAACCAGGUGACCCUGGUGGCUGCCAGCAGCUUCUCUCGCCCUUUCUGUUCAGGGCUCAUUCCCUGGCAGGCGUAACAGCGCCAUGCCUGACCUGUCAGGGACAAAGCCUCAUGUCCCCUCAUCUCCACUCCCUACUUCUCACCAGCACCGGCCCUUGCUGGUCCCAUGGGCCGGGCCUCACUGCAGGCGAGGGCAGGAGCUGCUGUCCCUCGAGCUGGCGCAGGCCUCGCCUCCCACCCCCCAGCUAGACGCACUAGGCAAUAAACCUCCACAUCGG